CCACUCGCCUCGCGCGAGACUGCCUCCUCCUCGGAGUCCAGCACACAUCCAUCCGUCCUUUCUCUUUCGACCACACCUUCGUCAAACCGCAACGCUCACACGCUCUCGCCAUGGGCAACAGCUCCUCCACGGGCCGCGGCCACCAGGAGGAGACCGUCGACUUUGGCUUCCUCACCCCGCAGGUGUACACCGGCCAGCGCGACUGGAACCAGGCCGUCGUCGCGCAGGCGAUCGUCGAGCGCCGGCUCGCGCCGUUCUAUCGCCCGCUGGAGGAUUACGAAGAGAGCUGGGACGAGGAGCAGAUCAUGGCCGCCAGGAAGGAGCCCCCGCCCGAGCUCGCCGAGGGCGCGGGCGAAGGCUCGAGCGGCCACGCGCACCGCGCGGAGAGUGUCAACAGCAGGACGCACGGGAAGCGGUCGAGUCAUUCGGGAAAGGAGCCCAGUCGGCAUCCGGAGGCGGCCAUCUAUAGAGGCGCCGUCGAGUGUCCGAUCUGUUUCCUGUACUAUCCGCCGAACAUCAACUAUUCGCGCUGCUGUGAGCAGCCUAUAUGCACCGAAUGCUUCGUUCAGAUCAAGAGGGCCGAGCCGACGCCGCAGCACCUCGAAUCGGAGCCUGCCGCAUGUCCAUAUUGCGUUCAAGAAAACUUUGGCGUCGUGUAUACUCCACCGAAGUGGCGGGCGGGCAUCGGGAGUGAAGGAGCGAUGCCGCCGUCGCCGGGUAUGCAAGUCUCGCCGUCCAAUCCACCACCGACACGGAGAAGAAAGAGUUUCGGCGCGAACGACCCGGAAGUAGUUACUAUAGAUUACAUCCGUCCCGACUGGGAGCAGAAGCUGGCGGCGGUGAAGGCAGCGGUGGCUCGCCGUGCAGCGCGGCGGAUCAUCAUGCGCCAGGUCGGGGAUCGACUCAUCCCUGUGGGCGUUACCAGCGGACGCGUGCAUCUCUUGCCGGAAGGAGCGGAGGGCGCGCUGGGUCAGGGCGAUGGCGAGGGUGGCGGGGGUUCGAGUGGCGGGAGGCGGUCGAGGAGACGGGGCCAAGGAAAUCCUGGUCUUGGCGAGUUCUUGGGGCUGGGCGGACAAGAUAUCGAGGAGCUUAUGAUAAUGGAGGCGAUGCGGCUCUCGUUAAUAGAGGAGGAGGAGCGGCAGAGGAAAGAGCGGGAGAAGAAGGCCAAGGAGGAAGCCGAGCAAGCGAAGAACGGCGCGUCGGCGGCGGCGUCAGCAUCUACGUCAGCGGGCGAAAGCAGCGCCGCUACCACUGCUCCUCGGGCAGGAACGAGCAACCUUCCGACACUGACCAUUCCCGGCACGUCCGCGUCAUCGUCAGGAAGGACCUCCCUGGAUGCGACGGAGGAAAGGCGGCGAUCGCUCACGCCGACCGAGACCACUCCGGCAUCGGGCAAGCGGCACCGUUUCUCGGCGUCGUUGUCGAGACUACGCGGCAGGUCGCCGUCGCCGCCGAGAGGAUCGUCGGUCAGUGCGGCGUUCAGGAACGUGGGCGCGACUGCCGCGGCGGUGGGUACGCCGUCGCCAGCGUCGGAGCGUGCGCCGGGCGGGAGCGGGACGCAGACGCCGAGGGCGAGUGCACCCGGGACCGCGACGCCGACAGAGGAGAGUGCGGGCGCCGCGCUCUCUGUUCCGGUCGUCGUUGCUCCCGACGCCGACGCCGAGGGAUCUGGGAGCAGCGCGCCUGCGACCGCAGAUGCGGGUCUGCCGGUGCCCGCGCCCCCGAGGCCAGUGCACGCAGAGUCCUUCGCAUCGUCGGUCGCCUCUGUCGACUCGGCGCGGGCGGAGACGUACGAUCGGCUCGGGUCAGACGACGAGGGCGAGUCGGUGGCGCGCGUGCCGCUGCUGGGAGCGGAUACGGUCGAGAGCCCGACAUCGGGGUUGGGACCGUCUGCGCGUUGACGCAUCUUCUAGUCUGGCGCUGCCGGGAGUGUCGGUUUACGUGUUCUUUUCGUAGAGUGCAGCAGCUGCCUGGAUCGCCCAUGACGUCUUCUCGUGAAUCGAAAGAGGUCCCACCCCCUCAUGCCUUCAUGGCGUUCUGUUUGGGCUGCAGGUAGAGUGGAGCCGUCGGCCGCGCUGUUGAUGUCCAUGCUGUUGUCGAGUAUGUGAUCGGGGGAAGGUUAUGUCCAGAUACGGUUCUUGUACAGCGGUUUUUAUCACAGUAUGAACGAUUUCGCGGCACUCAGAGUAUCGCCAUUACUCUCGUUGACAUCC